AUGGAAUCCGAAUCGAUAAAAAAUUUUAAUAAAUCACUUACAGAAUAUUUUAGCCUAAAAACAGAAGAGGCUUCUCACAAUUUACACAGAAAUUUACAGGUACUCGCUGGUUCAACAGGUAUAAAUUUGUUCAACCCAGGGAAUAGAGAGACUAUGGAAUUGUUUUCAAAUCUUUAUGAAUUAAUGAUGACUCUCGAUUCUAAAGCUCACUUAACUUGGGCAUCCAUUGAUGUUCUGCAACAAGUAUGUCGUAAUCCAACUGCUAGAGAAAGCUUAACUCACACGUUCAAGUUUUUGCCUAUUCUCACCAAAUUUCUUGAUUCAAAGCUAAUACUUGAAAAGAAAAUUAAAAUUUUACAAUUAAUGCAGGAUUUAACCUAUGGAAUUAAAAUAUCAUGGCAAGAGGCCCAUUUACCUCACUUGAUAUCAUCAUUGACGAAAUGGAUUACUGGAGAUGAGCUGGAAUUGGUUCCACUAUCGCUUGGUGUUUUAGUUAAUCUAUGUUAUAACAACUCCGCUGCAGUUUAUUCUCUAAUGAAGUCUGUAAAUGUCAAGAGUUUUCUUAAAACUUUAUUGAAAGUUCAAAAAACUAAUACUGCUUCAAAAGUUCAAGUGUGUAAACUCUUGUUUAUACUAGAAGGUAUUUCAGGAGGUGUUCCCGAAUAUGAAAUGGAAACGUUUAUAAAAUCAACUUGUCCAACUCUUAAAGAAGCAAUCAAUUUAUCCAAUUCAUGUUUAAUGAGGCAUGUCAUUGACUUUUUUAAAAAAAUCAUUCAGAAUGAAACAGCUAAGAAGGCUGUUAAUAAUUAUCCAAAUUAUGCUGAAGAUAUUGAAGGGUUGUUAAACAUAGUGAGUGAUGCUGAUAAUUUAUAUGGCGACUGCCUCGCUGCUCUCUUUGACUAUUUUUCCUGUGUCAUUGGCCUAAACAUCUUAGGAUUAGAAGGACUGUAUCCACAUUUCUUGGUAUUGGCUUUACAGUGGUUAAAAACAGAUGAAGUCGCAAAAGAUGCUAUUCUUUUAAUUUCGAAUGUUGUGACUGAUCUAUUUACAAAGGAAUCGAAAAAUACUCCUCCUGAAAAACUUGAAAUAAUGGAAACAGUGCAAGAGCUCUUGAGUGAACAUUUGCCGAUAAUACUAUCAUUGAUUGAGAUUGGCAGUAAUGAAAUCAUCUUAAGUGGUAAUGAAGUAAACUUGAAACUUACUGCAUUGUUACAUCUUUUGACGCAAAUGGUUCGCAUAGAGAAGUUUUCGGACAAAAUAAUUGCUUUGCUGGACCAGCAAGUGUUCCGGAAGUUAUUCGAUCCCCUGAUUAGUCCAGAGAGCGAAGAAAAUGUUCUUUUUCAAAAACCUGUUUAUACCUUUUAUGUAGAAGCCUUAUGUUUUAUCACAGAUCUUUCUGAUAGGGAAACCAGUUGGCUGUUACUUUAUAAUGAAAUGUUGCAAGAGAAACAAGUUCAAACGGUUCUGUCUAUAGCAUUGUACACAGGUUCGGAAUACAUUAAAAAGAAAGUUUUGACGCUCACAGGAACUGCUGGAUUUUUAACAGAAUGUAUUGGUUUGUUAGCAAAGCGAAUGGCUGAACUGAACAAACUUGUUAUAUUUUCACCUUCAAAUCUAGCCAACCAAGAACAGCAAGUUAUCAAUAAUUCAAGUUACAUAUCUCCGAUUGACAUGGUUCCGAUGUUAACGAUAACACAAGAAGGACAUCUUAAUAGUGUGAUAGAGAAAUGUGAACAAGCCAUAAGGAAAAAUGAGGGCAACCUGACUUCAGCAAUUAUGGAACUGUACCAGUAUAAGAUGGCAGCGAUGAACCAGAACCUGAGGCAGCUUCAGAUGAGUCAAGAGGCCGCAGACUUAAGAGCCACGAGGCUUCAACACAACCUGUGCCUUACCAACUCGGAAGUGAGUCGUCUCCAUCAGCUUCUGUACGGCAGCCAGCAAAGUUUGGAAUUGGCAAUGAAAGAAACUAAUUCCUUAGCGAGCCAACUAUCGCAGGUCAAGCAGGAGGCACAACAAACUCAUAAUAAGUAUUCCGAGGUACUUCAAAAUUUACGUUCUAAAACUGUUAUAAUAACGCAACAAAAUCAAGAAAUUGAAAGUUACAAAAAUCAAGUAGAAAUUAAAGAAGACAAAAUUGUUAAUCUGGAAGGAGAACUUAAACUUAAAGCUCAAGAAUAUACUCAAAUCAACAGUGAACUUCUUGAAGCGAGAGAAACAAUAUCAGCUUUAAAGAAAAACUUGACCAGUUUAGAAGCAACUGUGGAAACAAGCAAAAAGGAAAUAUUGCAACAGUCAUUAGUUCUCUCUAAACUAGAAAAAGUCAUCUCUGAAAAGGACAAAGAAAUAUCAGAAAUGAACAAGGAAUUGAGCGAGCAGAGAAGAAUGAGAGAAAUCAUUUCGGAAUUGGCGAUGGGGAAAAGAAAAUUGGACAAAUGA